AUGUUACUCUCGCCCUUACAUUUGCUUGCAUUGCCUCUCCCGUCAGCUGCCUAUGCCUUCAUGUCUGAGAGGUCAGGCAAAGCCGCACUCCUGUUACUCAUUGCCGCGGUUACUGUCGCCAGCAUCGUGUCAGAAUCUUUCGGCCACGUGCGUCGGCUGAGCAGUAUUUGUGCGGUUGCCCAGCCGCUAUUCCCUUCUCCUCAGGCCUGGUCUGAGUCUCGAUUGCGCAUCAGCACUGGCAUGACCAUUGAUGCCAUGUCGUCUGUCACUUUACUCUGCUCUCCCUCGUCUGCUUACUCACUCCCACCCUCCGUCCUGCCUUUAUCUCCCCUCCACCCACCCACCUCUGUUCUCAUGCCAACUGGCCAAGGCACCAGACAAUCUCAUUGUUCGCAAAGCGGACAGUAG